UGCUGUAUACGACACCCUCACUUAUCAACCCUCUUUGCUGACUCUUACGGACGCUGCUGUGUUAUCGAGUAGGUCCCGAAGCGCAGGGUUGUCAUACGACGGAUUUCCGGCACGCAAAAACAAGGUCUAUGUAAGUUUAGAUCUCGAAGCAGGCGGGUCACCAACACAUAGAAUGCCGAAAGAUCUGCCAGUACGCGUUAAAACCCCUCCGUCGGUGCGGAUUCGUCGUGAGUCAGCUAGCUCAAAUCUGGCGACGCACCAGGUGAGACGUGAGGCAAACUCGGAACGAAGUUUGCAUUCGGUCAUCAAAAGUGUUAUGUUUGCCUUUGGCGACGUGAGAAACCCGCAGGAUAAUACAGCCGACACCGUCGAAAAAAUCCUCCAGGAUCAGAUGCAUCUCGCCUACAGGUUGGCCUGGGAGAACUGCCAGCAAAGAGGAACCUCCGUCGUCGAAGUACUCGACGUUGUGUUUUUAUACCGUAGGGACAUUCCUCUGCUCCAUCGGCUUUACAGACGGCUAUCUACCCGUAGCCAGGUCCGUCAACUACAGCAACAACUUGGUGCAAAAAUGGGAGCAUCUGAUGGGGAGAAAACCCUCCAGGAGCUUCGAUAUAGCUUCAGACUUAUCGAUGAUCCCCGACUUAAUGAGGUUCUUGAAGAGUCGUACAUUGACGCGAUAUCACAGGAACGGUUAUGGCGAAUGGAUGUCCGCACUCGCGGUAUGGAUCGCCAGGAGUAUCUGGAGUUUCACGCGGCUCGAGGGGUCUCAUUCGGGACGUCGGGACCUGCGCGACGUGCCUUCCUCGAGUGGCUCUCCCAGAAUGUUUUGUGGCAGUUAAGUCCCUCAGCCGGUGACGUUCUUGCAUUCAUUGCCUAUGAGAUCGUCGCCAAGCUAACUGAAAGCGCUGUAGCCAUCCGAGAUACCGCAAAAGCAAUUAAUGAGGAGGAACUGCAAGAAGUGGGACGAGGUCGCCGGUAUAAUCCUGACUUCGUCUCUAACAACCCUCUGUUUAGGGGAAAAUUCCGAGAAGAUCCUGUACCUUCGGGUCAACUGGUGGACGGUCCAGCCAUCCAGCCUAAAGACAUUUACGAGGCUCUUCGAAGACUGCAGGCGUUUCGUGAACCGCCGCUCUUCGCUCAUAACAAAGAAAUGGCUGACUGUUUAUGGCUUAUAUGAAGAUGUUCUUAAUGAACGACACCCGCUAAAUACCUGAGAUGGUCAAAUUAUUCAUUCAUUAACCGCUAAUGUUCUACUGGCUACAUGAACUAUACCUAAUAUUAUCUUGAAACGAAUUGUGUAUAUUUAAGGGCUGAAGCGUGAUUUUUUCUGAAGAUGAACCUGUCAUGCGCAGUUAUGAUGUAGCAGUGUCGAGAGUUCAAAUCGGUUAACGCAGCAAUGUAUCACCGUAUUUUUUAUCUUACAUGAAAACCUCUUUAAACCAAUAUACGGACGAACGUUCUUUGAGUUUUCUGAGUUCUUCGGAAUACAGAGAAGGGAUUGUGAAAAACAGUCUUGCUGCGGCCAGGUGACGGCGGCAGAAAUAUCAACGCAAGAAAUUUGUGAUCCCGAACUAGAUUAGCUCCGAUUGAAAUUAAUUGAUGUCACAGCGAACUAGUUCCUAGGAAAUGACAUUGUCCUGUACAACCUAUUCUUAACGCUAUCCACACCGAUGGACAACGUACAUAAUCCUGGCAGGACCCAAUUUUAGUCUUUGUCCCAGCGAAUACAAAGGAUUUGCGUCACGAUCACAUACCAGUUAAAUGUCCCUUCGAUUCUACGCACGCAUUGUAAGUCUUGGAUUCUGUAAAUGUCGAUUGUAAGCAGGGUAAACAAGCCAUAAUCCCGUAGAGAAUCAGCCAUCAAAGUCGUGUUGAGGAUUUGAUUAUUUCUACCGGGCACGCUCGUACCAGGUGCCGUGCUGGAGAACACUAACUUACUUUGUAUGAUCACCUGAUGUGUGUUUUUAAGCAUGAUAACACGCAGGCGAGCGAGAAUACCUCAGCUGCGCUUACGGCUGACGCGUCGACUGAGGUUCCACGAACGACAAAACUAAUAUCGCGAUGACACUGUGCAGAUAUGAUCUCCAAAUAAAGACGUCCCUCGCAGCCGUUUGACGGUAUAAUGGA